AUGUCUGACCUUAAUACACAAACACUAAAUGGAGUUAAAAUACUCCAAUAUGCUGAUGACAUAUUUAUAUAUUGCUCCGCUGCUCCAAUGGAAGAAUGCAAAAAUAAAAUCCAAGACUCUCUUAUUAAAGUAUCAACGUGGCUUAACGCUAAUAAUUUAAGUCUAUCUCCGACAAAAUCAAAAGCGAUCAUCUUUAGCAGACAUAGAAAUUUACUGAACUCUCUCGUCUUAAACAUAGGCAAUUUGCAGGUCAAAUUAUGUGACAGUAUAAAAAUUCUAGGAGUAACCUUCGAUAAAAACAUGUUCUUCCAGACACACAUCAGAGAAGUGGUACAGAAAUCGGAAAAAGGAAUCAAUAUUAUUAAAAGACUAUCAGGAACAAGAUGGGGAGCACAUCCGACCUCCCUUAUAUCCGUAUACAAAGCCAUCGUAAGAUCUCAUAUUGAUUACGGAUGUCAGAUUUAUGAAGGAUUAUCUUCUAAGAAUCAGUAUGCCUUAGACAAGGUGCAAUUCUCAGCAUUAAGAUUAUGUCUGGGGGUUAUAAGGUCACCACCUUGCAACUCCCUUCUAGUGGAAGCUGGCGAGUCCCCAGUAAAAAUCAGAAGAGAAAUACUUACGAACAGGUUCGUAAUUAAAAAGUUUAACUCAGAUUACACGUUCUUUAUAAAACAACUACAGACAUUAGCUGAGCUGCAUUAUAGAGUGAUUUACUGGAAGAAUAAACCUACUCCGCCUCUGAUAACUGCUUUCUACUGCAUCAAACCCUUGGAAGAUAUGACUUAUACAAUUUUGAAGAAUGUUUACAACACAAUUAUAAAGACUUUUCAGUUAUUUACACUGACUGAUAAAGAUAAGCGAUCUCAAUUCAAGUUACCUAGCUUUGCACCGGUAUUUACAGCAGAGUUAACAGCCAUCAAUGCGGCUUUUGAGUACGUCAAAAAUGAAAAUCUCAGAAAAUCAAUAAUUUUUACAGACUGCAAAUCCGCCCUUUUAGCCCUGUACAAACCAAGAGAAGAUAGAAAUUUCUUGACUCUUGAUACUAUUCACAAAAUAAAAGUCUUCCUGGAUUCUGGAUAUAUAAUUAAGUUAGCCUGGAUUAAAGGCCAUUCCUCAAUUUGUGGAAAUGAAGGGGCGGACGAACUGGCAAAAGAAGCAUGCACGGCUGUAGUUCUUAUGAAAACGACCCCAAUAACGGAUUUAAAAGGAUUAAUAAGAACUUGA